AUAACAAACGGAACAGAGACUAAUGCAGCUUCAAAAAGGUGUGUUUUCAGCAGAAAAGGAGGAUCAUCUGGACAUACAGCAGUAUUUUGGUCGGUACUCAGGCCUGUUAUACUAACGUCAGGAUGGAGUCAUAUGAUGUCAUUGCAAACCAGCCUGUUGUCAUUGAUAAUGGAUCUGGUGUUAUUAAAGCAGGAUUUGCUGGUGAUCAAAUUCCAAAGUAUCAUUUCCCAAAUUUUGUUGGACGGCCAAAGCAUGUAAGAGUCAUGGCUGGAGGUUUAGAAGGAGACAUCUUCAUAGGGCCAAAGGCUGAAGAACAUCGAGGCCUACUAAGUAUAAACUACCCCAUGGAACAUGGAAUUGUUACUGAUUGGAAUGAUAUGGAAAGAAUAUGGCAAUACAUUUACUCCAAAGAUCAACUCCAAACUUUUUCAGAAGAGCAUCCAGUAUUGUUGACUGAAGCACCAUUAAAUCCAAGGAGAAAUCGAGAGAGAGCAGCAGAAGUUUUCUUCGAGACAUUCAACGUUCCUGCCUUAUUUAUUUCAAUGCAGGCAGUUCUAAGUUUGUAUGCUACUGGUAGAACUACAGGUGUAGUUCUAGACACAGGGGAUGGUGUGACCCAUGCUGUUCCUAUCUAUGAAGGUUUUGCCAUGCCCCAUUCUAUUAUGAGGGUGGACAUUGCAGGUCGUGAUGUUACUCGAUACCUACAACUUUUGUUGAGAAAAGAGGGUAUGAACUUCAGGACUUCUGCUGAGUUAGAAAUUGUCAAGACAAUUAAAAAGAAAGCUUGCUAUUUAUCAAGUAACCCAAUCAAAGAGGAAACCACAGAAACCGAGAAGACUGUGUACACUCUACCAGAUGGAAGCACAGUGGAGAUUGGUGCUGCUAAAUUCCGAGCCCCUGAACUCCUCUUUCGACCUGAUUUGAUUGGAGAGGAAUGUGAAGGCCUUCAUGAGGUGCUAACUUUCUCUAUUCAAAAGUCAGACAUGGAUUUACGCAGGACGCUUUUUUCCAAUAUUGUGUUGUCAGGUGGCUCAACUCUGUUCAGGGGGUUUGGAGAUCGUCUAUUGAGUGAAGUAAAAAAGUUAGCACCAAAAGAUGUCAAAAUUAGAAUUUCUGCACCACAAGAAAGACUUUAUUCAACAUGGAUAGGGGGCUCAAUUUUAGCAUCACUUGAUACUUUUAGGAAGAUGUGGGUUUCAAAGAAGGAGUAUGAUGAGGACGGUGCUCGUGCAAUUCAUCGAAAAACCUUCUGAAACUAGAAACUAUAAGUAAUCUGUGUACUAUAGGCAAGGCAUGUUUAUUUUUCUUGGCCAUCAUAAAAGUUAUUGACACUGUUCUUUGAGUUUCUAAGCAUUAUGACAAUGGCUGACAGGAUUGGUCGCCAGUAAUUCCACUGAAACCUAUAAAACAAAAUGUAUAUGGUGGUCAAUGAUUUUCCUGUCAAAAGAAACCCCAGAGACAAAUAUCUGUUUAGUUCUUGUCAAAAUGUUAAAUAUACAGUACUUAUGUUCAUAAUGGCCAUUUGUAAAACUCAAUUUCAGUUUUUUUUAACUUUGCUUAUUUUACAUGAAAUAAAGACUCGAUAAUACUGAAAUAAUGGUUUAUUAAAUUAUCAGUGCAUUCAGGGAAAACACUUGGCUUUUGAACAAAUGGAGAAACAAUACUGUAAUGUUGAAUAUAACAAAAUUUAGCUGACAUGCUGUUAUUAAGCAAUCUAUAAGCGCUAUACCUGUAUUAAGUUUGAUAGCAUAAGUGAUUUAUUUAUAUAAUUAGAACAAGCACCUUCUCAAUUUGCUAUCAUGUCCUAAUUGUGUUAUAUAAGCAAAAAUGUCCAGUAUAUUGAAAAAUACAGUACAGAUUGUAAUAAUUUUAUUGUUUUGGUUUGUGGGUAUAAUACUGAGGAUUGUGAUUGCACUAGCUUUAGAUGUAGAUCAAUAUUUGAACUGAAUCCUAUCAAUUCUACUAUUUUAUUCUUAUUAAGAUAUAUAUUUAUUAUUUCACUUUUCAAGAUCAAUUUUUUAGUUGAACUUUAUAGGAAGAUAAAGCUAGUUAGCAACGUUUUCUGUACUGUACCAUUUUAUGUAUGUUUUAUCAUUUUCAGUUUCCAGUCUACAUUGAAAUAGAAUCAAGAUUAAGAAAUUUAAUUGUGAUUGUAAUAGUGGAUUUAAUAAUAGUAAUUGUUGGAAUGAAUUCUGAUAUCAUAAUAUGUGCUGUAGUGUACAAAGCCAUUGACCAUCCAGUGUCAUGACAUGAUUUCAAGAUUUUGGAUAUAUCAGUCUAAAGCUUAUAAAAGCCAAAAAGUAAAGGUGGUCCAAGUACACAAGCUUUUUUUGUAAGCCUCUGAAAAUUUUCUUAGCUUAAGCAGAACUUGUGUUGCAUUGAAUAAAUUGUGACCAAGAGGAAGUGUGUGCUCUGUUGUGGGCCUAUAAAUUAUGUUUGUGAGUGUAAUCCAGUAUUCUACCUUUAGUGAAUUAAAUAAGACAAAAUAUAUGUUCAUCCAAUUAUUUUCUCUUAUUUUCAUUAUUUGAAUGAUUGGUACUGUAAAUCUGACAACCUUUUAUAAUAUUCAUUUGUUUUUUAAUUCUGUGCUUUGUUACAUUAAAAAAGCUAUUACUGUAGCUCUUUAUUUAUAAUCCAAUCCCUUAAGGAUUAAAUUGGGUGGAUUUUUGUGCUCAGAUUCCUGGAAUCUGUUCCCAAAUUCCAAUUUUCAAUACUGCAUGCCCAAUUCAAAGUCAAACUUUACUAUUUCUUUAUGAAAAUAUUUGUAAAAUUCACUGCUCAUUCAAAUCAUACUCAAAGCUCUUUUGCCCUGAGAAAUGCUGGUACAUGAAAUUGGACUGGGAUGAGGGGAUGUUGAUAUCCAAGGAACUGUGGUAAUAGCUUAUUGUUAAUCUAAGUUGUUUUUUAAGUAAAAAUUCUUUAUUAAAUUAUUUAACAAUGCAUAUCCAAUACAGAAAUAUGAUUUUCUACUACGAAUGAAGUUCCUUUAGAACAGGAACAUGUUGUAAACCUGAUUUUUGCCAAGUGUCUAUUUAUCACAUCACUUAAGGGCAUUUUGUGUAGGCGAUGAGCCAGGAACGUCCUUAUGCGUCCCCUCUGCACAGGUGUCCAGACACUUCACACUAAAACCAAUUUGUAUCUAGCAGCUUGUACAGAUCCAACUUGACAUACCAAACCUCGCUCCUAAAAAAUACAACUCGUACCAUACUUAACCCAAAUUUCUAUGCUCGAUAAUUACACAUUAUGAAUUUUAAAAUAUGUACAUGUAGCAGUCUCCUUAAGUGACACUUAAAAUCUGUAAUCUAAGUGUGAAGAUUCUCAGGUGAUGUGCUGUUAAUCUUUACAUGCAUGAUAAUAAUAUAUUGUUUAAUCUUUCUGCACAUUAAAUAGAAUGUAUAUAAACUUA